AUGAAUGUGGAUUCUAGCAACCCGGAUGAGUCGUUGAUUCGCCCUCUGCCUGCAUACAUCACCAAUCAGCUCACAUCUCUGGUCAACCGAGAUGGAAUUUCAGCGCUUUUGGCCGAGCUCACUACUAAUUUUGGCUCUCAAUCCUCAAGUCACGAGUUCCGAAGCGCAAGCUUGCUAUCCGGGUACAUUCUCACUCUUCUCCGUUGUUUCCCAAGUCAGGGCGAUGAUAUCCGUAUGCGCCUAUUCCUAGGAGAUGUGAGCACGAGCUUGGGAAGUUUGCCGACAAUCCAAUUUCUUUGGCAGGCUAUGAGCCAGACCACCAUUUACAAGCAGAUUUUGCAAAAUUCGGCAUCGGUACAAGUUCUGCUACGAGACUACUUGUCAAAGUCGUCAAAGUCAAGUGACUCGCAUGAGCAAGAAUGGAGACUAGUCCUUCUCUUCCUCGAGCUUUACAUUUUUAUUCUACGAUUGAGCGACGACGAAGAUUUCUUCAGUGGUAUCUUCCCUGAUAUAAUGCAAACCGAGGGACCAACGUCUCGUCUGCGAGCAUGCGGACUUUCUCUCAAUGAGGUGAAGAACUUAACCAUUGUGCUCAAGCACCUAGCUUUCACGCUACAUUACAACGCCGCGGACAUUAUACAAGGCAUCCAACAUUCCGAGCCGAUCUCGAUGACGCAGCUUGAGUCGUAUUUUGGAAGCGGCAGUAGUACCGCUAAAACUUCGAAGGAGGUCCGAAGCCAAGACUCAAGAGCCAACGCGGCUGACACUAGACUUGACCUUGGUAGCCUGCGUAGUAUUGUGACCACGGCAUUGCGACUUCUAUACGAACGAGAUUCUCGACGGCCAUUUUUGCCCCGAGACCACUGGCUCAUGACAUCGAAGUUUGAUAUGGAGGGUUUCGUCAGUGCUGUUGUCGCUGAACAAGAACGACAGAACGAAGUCUCCGACUCUAGUGACGACGAAGACGGCGAGGUUGACGAAGAUGCGAACAUGGGUGGGCUGCAUAGCGGCAUUAUUCACACCGUGGCUGGACAGCGAGUAUCACGACAUGCACAAAUUGAGAAGCUUCGGGCUCAACAACGCAAAGCACAGAGGGAUCGUCUGCUCGCCGUGAUCGGGCCAAAGCUGGAGAUUCUGAGACAUAUGCCAUUUGUGAUUCCAUUCGAUACCCGUGUCCAGAUUUUCCGCCAAUUUGUCUACCUUGACAAGCACAAGCGAAGGGAGGGUAUGGAUGCUGAUCAGUGGAGAAUGACGAUGCUUCACAAUCCUCUGCGCUCCCCUGGACGCAGUCCAGCUGGGCGACAUCAUGGCAAGAUCAGGAGAGGCCAAGUGUUCAAGGAUGCCUUUGAGCAAUUCUAUGAGCUUGGCGAAGGCCUCAAAGAACCCAUACAGAUCCAAUUUGUCGACCAAUUCGAUACGGUCGAAGCUGGCAUCGAUGGUGGGGGAGUUACGAAAGAAUUCCUCACAAGCGUCACGACAGAAGCGUUCGGGCCAAGGGAUGGCAUUUCGCUUUUCGCGGCCAACAGCAAGGGGCUCUUAUACCCCAAUCCGACUGCGAUGGACGAGCUCAAGCAGAUAUUGAAGCGAGGUGGAGUUCCAGAGCGCACGGCCGAAUGGCAAGACCAAGUCCAGAGUCUACUCCGCCAGUUCGAGUUCCUUGGCCGGAUCGUAGGCAAGUGCAUGUACGAAGGGAUUCUGGUCGACAUUGCGUUUGCUGGCUUCUUUCUCUUGAAAUGGAUCUCGGGCCAGACUGGAGAGAAUAGCUACAGGGGCAAUGUGAACGACCUCAGGGACCUCGAUGAGGAGCUGUACCAGGGCAUGUUGCGCCUCAAGAACCACAACGGGAAUGUUGCGGAUUGGGCAUUGGACUUCACGCUUAAUGAUCAGGUGUCUUUGCCAGGGGAACCUGUUCGCACUGUCACGCGGAAUCUGAUCCCAAAUGGUGAGAAUGUUACCGUUACCAACGAUAACCGCCUCCUCUACAUUUCCUACGUUGCCCGUCACCGCCUCGUCGCCCAACCUGCACAGCAGACGGCCGCGUUCCUUCGAGGUCUUCGUUCGAUCAUUGCGCCUGCAUGGCUUUCGAUGUUCAACCAAAACGAGUUGCAACGCCUGGUAGGCGGCGACAGCUCUGAAAUCGACAUUGAAGAUCUGCGUCAGAACACGGUCUACUCAGGCUUGUACGAGAUCGGAGACGACGGACUGGAGCACCCCACGGUGCAGCUGUUCUGGAAAGUCAUGGCCAAUUUCUCCGACCGGGAGCGGCGAGACGUGCUCAAAUACGUUACGAGUACGCCACGAGCACCAUUGUUAGGUUUCUCCCAGCUGAGCCCGCGGUUCAGUAUCAGGGAUGGAGGAGAGGAUCAGGAAAGACUGCCCAGUACCAGCACGUGUGUCAACCUACUGAAGCUGCCGCGCUAUAAGAAUCAGGAGACUCUCAGACAGAAGCUGCUUUAUGCGGUCUCUUCGGGAGCUGGCUUCGAUCUCAGCUGA